CCCUUCCUCCUUCUUUUGCGCCGCUCCACGGGCAGAACAGCGAGAGAACGUGAUCGAUCGAAUUUCAAAAAAGGCACACACCUACCCCUGUGCUCCCGCGAUCACGAAAUUACUCAAAAUCUCCUGAUAACAUAUAUCGGGAGUUAGUGUUUCGUGACUCCACCAUCCCGUGUGUGACCUAAGUAGAUUACACCUCUACGCCUGCGAGGCAUUCAACCAGUGUAGAACCCUACCUAUUCAAAAUGUCGAACCUCGCCGAUCCGGUCGCGUUCGCGAAGGACUUUAUCGCCGGAGGCGUGUCCGCCGCAGUCUCCAAGACCGCCGUAGCGCCCAUCGAGCGCGUCAAGCUGCUCCUGCAGGUGCAGCACGUGAGCAAGCAGAUCACCGAGGACCAGCGCUACAAGGGUAUCGUCGAUGCCUUCGUGCGCAUCCCCAAGGAGCAGGGCUUCUCCUCCUUCUGGCGCGGUAACCUCGCCAACGUCAUCAGGUACUUCCCCACGCAGGCGCUCAACUUCGCCUUCAAGGACAAGUACAAGCAGGUGUUCCUCGGCGGCGUAGACAAGAAGACCCAGUUCUGGCGCUGGUUCGCCGGUAACCUGGCGUCCGGCGGCGCCGCCGGAGCCACCUCGCUGUGCUUCGUGUACCCGCUCGACUUCGCGCGUACCCGCCUCGCCGCCGACGUCGGCAAGGGCGCCGGCCAGCGCGAGUUCAGCGGCCUCGGCAACUGCCUCACCAAGAUCUUCAAGUCCGACGGCCUCGUCGGCCUGUACAGAGGCUUCGGCGUGUCGGUGCAGGGUAUCAUCAUCUACCGCGCCUCCUACUUCGGCUUCUACGACACGGCGCGCGGCAUGUUGCCCGACCCCAAGAACACCCCCAUCGUCAUCAGCUGGGCCAUCGCCCAGGUCGUCACCACCGUGGCCGGCAUCAUGUCGUAUCCCUUCGACACGGUCCGCAGGCGCAUGAUGAUGCAGUCGGGCCGCGCCAAGGGCGACAUCCUGUACAAGAACACGCUGCACUGCUGGGCCACCAUCGCCAAGUCCGAGGGUCCCUCCGCCUUCUUCAAGGGCGCCUUCUCCAACGUGCUCCGAGGCACCGGCGGCGCCUUCGUGCUCGUCCUAUACGAAGAGAUCAAGAAGGUCCUGUAAAUCUACUCUAAGAAUUGUUACCAUCUCUAUUGUGAUUCCGAUCACCGCAAACCGCUCCCUGAAAAUCAUGUAUUAUUAGAAGCGAAAAACGAACCUAGUGACUUAUUUUUAGUUAAAUAAAGUGUUAUACAUUGAUUCCAA